UUGUUUUGAAUUUUUGACAACUAUUGACAUUUGCCCAAAUUUUACCCGCGCUACGACUGCUAAACAAAAUUGAAUUUAAAAAAUAAUAAAUAUUAAUUUUAUAUUUAAAAGUCAUAAAAAUGGCAAGCGAAGAUCUUUUCGAAGAUGAUUUAACAGAAGAAGCUGCUCCAGGCUUCGACCAAGAGAUAGAAGAAGCUACUGAAGAAGUAGAGGCUACUGAAUCUGCAGCGGCACAGGUUGAACCAGACGCCGAAACAGCUUCCCAUUCAGAUAAACAGAAAUCCAGUGAGCACAAACUUCUGCAAUUGCCUUUGGCUAGGAUAAGAAAUAUAAUGAAACUAGAUCCUGAUUUACAUAUUGCAUCGAAUGAAGCUGUCUUUCUUGUCACACGUGCCACAGAACUCUUUGUUGGCUCCAUAGCCAGAGAAGCAUACCAUUGCACGACACAAACCAAAAAGAAAACCAUUCAAAGGAAAGACGUCGACAUGGCCAUAAACACAGUCGAAACAUUAGUGUUUCUUGAUGGGGCAAUGUUCUAAACAUCUCAAUGAAAAAUGCUGUAUACAAAAUAUAACCUUUAAAAUCUAACUCAAAUUAAAAAACAAAAUAACAAUUUUUAUAAACAAAAAUGUAUUUUUUAUUUAAAAACAAUUCUAAACAUCGCAAAUAACCCU